CUGUCACCAAAAAUUGGUUUCAUAUUGCAAUUAAUAACUAUAAAUUGAAGGAAAUAUCUUAUGAUAAUCUUGGAGAAUUGGAAUUUAUAGACCGUGGUGGAUUUGGAAAUGUAUAUUGGACUUCUUGCAACUCAAUACUGAGUGAAAAGGUUGCUGUGAAAGAAAUAUACAUUAAAAAAGAUGAAGAUGAAAAACAAAUUAAAACGUUUCUUAACGAGGGUGGAACUUUACGGGAAUAUUUGAAAACCGUUGUAAAUACUGCUAAGCAUUCCUGGAAAAAGAAAAUUGAAUUAGCAGUACAAAUAGUUGAAGGAAUAUAUUAUUUACACA